CACACAAAGACAAAGAUUUCUACAACCCACUUGUGCUGUUCCAACUUCCAAGGUUCAAGGCUUCAUGUCACGAGAUUUUCCAGUAGUGGUAGUUGAUAGAUAAAAUUAUCUUCACCUUGAACUGAAUUCCCUCAGUCAUUGUUAAUAUCUGUUUCUGUUUAUGUGGGGUGGGGGCACCAAAAUCAAUUCCAAAAAGUUGCUGAACACUAGGCUAGAAGCAACAACAUCGGGCACGAUUAAAUUUUUCCACGUGUAAAUCAUGUAUUGGUAACGUACGUAGAUUGAUUGGUGGGGCCUUUUUCUUGCACUACAAAAUAGCAAAACAAAAUUGCCACCGGUGGCAUUUGUUUUGGCCUAUACUCAAAAGCUGAGGUCGGAGUUCUCUGUUUCUUUUCCAUCUCACAAGAAAUGGGAAGGUGAAAAAAAGGUUCCUAUCAUUAACUUGACACAUAAAGAUAUCACAUUUCGGGUUUGCCAAACUAUAGAUAGAAACGCCAAAGGAGGGCGUUUUAGCUCAAUAGCUUAUUACACUAGUGGUAUUUGAUUCAUUGUGUAAGCAAAAAAAGCAACAGAGACUAGCUAUCUGAUAUAAAGUUUUUAGGAAUGAGAGCAGAAGAAAAUGGAUUUCUGGCCAGAAUAUCUUGCAAGCGGUUCGGGAAGAGAGUUUGUAGCAGGUGGCUUUGGAGGCAUUGCUGGUAUAAUUUCAGGUUAUCCACUUGAUACUCUUCGAAUCAGAUUACAAAACUCGAAAAAUGGCUCUGCAUUCACAAUCCUUAGACAAAUGGUGUCUAGGGAAGGACCAACUUCUUUGUACCGUGGCAUGGGCGCACCAUUAGCCUCCGUUACUUUUCAGAAUGCAAUGGUUUUCCAAACGUACGCAGUUCUGUCAAGGGUAUUUGACUCAUCUGUUUUUGCUAAAGACCCUCCUUCCUACAAGGGUGUUGCUUUAGGAGGAACGGGUGCCGGGGUUCUCCAAAGUCUAUUAAUAUCCCCUGUGGAGUUGACCAAAGUUCAACUUCAGCUGCAAAACGGAGGCAAGAUGACAGAAUCUGUAAAAGGUUCUUUGACACUCGCCAAAAAUAUAUGGAGAAAAGAAGGCCUCAGAGGAAUCUAUCGCGGACUUGGUCUCACAGUGAUGAGGGAUGGACCUUCUCAUGGUUUAUACUUCUGGACAUACGAAUACAUGAGGGAACAGCUUCACCCAGGUUGCAGAAAAAGUGGUGAAGAGAGUUUGGAUACCAUGUUGAUAGCAGGAGGAUUAGCAGGGGUGACGAGUUGGAUUAGUUGCUACCCUUUUGAUGUUGUAAAGACAAGACUACAGGCUCAAACACCCUCUUCUAUAAAGUACAAAGGCAUUAUAGAUUGUUUCAAAAAGAGUGUUAACGCAGAAGGAUACGGUGUGCUAUGGCGGGGUUUAGGAACUACAGUUGCCAGAGCGUUCCUCGUAAAUGCUGCCGUAUUUUCUGCUUAUGAGAUUUCACUAAGAUUAUUGUUUAACAAUGGGAGUAUUCAAAUGCAGGAAACACUAUAGGAGAAAAUUAAACACCAUUCCAAUAGCAGCUGGUGUGCUGAAAACAAUCAAAAUUCCGCUUUGAUAUUCAAUAACCAUUACAAGAUGUAAUUGCCGUAUAUUCUAUACGUAAUUAAUAUUCAUUAGAUGAUGUAAUUAUCAA